AUGACAGCAGACGCGAAUAAAAGCGAAUCUCUGCUUUGUAUGGACAAAGCGAGAGAAGCAAUAAGGUGUGGUGACAGUGAUAAAGCUCGAAAAUUUCUCAAUAAAGCGAAGAAACUCGACCCUGCUCAAAAUAUUGACUACCUGUCAAAGAAAAUUGAUGAAAUGACCGCCAACAAUUCUCAAUCAUCUAGUCGUGCAUCUGAAGAGCGAAGUUAUGCUCAUGACGAUCAUUACGAUGAACCAAAUUUGAGACGGCGAAAUCGGAGUCCUAAGAAAACAGUUCCAAAUGGUUCAACGUCAAAGGAGCAGCAAGCGAGACAACGAUCCGCUUCAAGAACUCCCAAAUUGGGAGUUGACUAUACCAAAGAGCAACUCGACCUUGUUGAACGUAUUCGUCAUUGCAAGGAUUAUUACGAAAUUUUAAUGGUUGAAAGAAAAGCGAGCGACGAUGAUAUAAGAAAAGAAUAUCGCAAAAUGGCUCUUAAAUUGCAUCCUGAUAAAUGCAAGGCUCCGCAUGCAACGGAAGCUUUUAAAGCUCUGGGAAAUGCAUAUGCUGUUUUGUCGGAUUCUGAAAAGAGAAGACAAUACGACCAGUUCGGAAAUUCGGUGACAGCCAAUGGAAAUUCAACGCCUUCAAGACACUACAACACCUUCUAUGAAUCCAACUUUGAGCCAAAUGCCAUUUUUGCAGCUGAUUACACCCCUGAGGAAAUAUUCAACAUGUUCUUUGGCGGUGGAUUUCCGCCAGAUGGAAGACAACGUCGUUAUCGCGAACGUCACACUAAUCACCAUCAUCAACAACAACAUUUCGAGCCUCAAAGCCCAUACGGGCCAUUACUUCAACUUUUGCCGCUAAUAGCUAUCAUGGUACUUGGUUUAUUAGCCCAACUAAUGGUCGGAGAUCCCGCGUUUUCAUUACACCAAACAUCAAAAUAUUCUGUUCGGCGACAAACGGCUGAUUUAAAAAUCCCAUAUUUCGUGCGGCCAGACUUUGAAAGUUCAUACCGUGGAAGGGUAAAAUCGGUUGAACAAACAGUGGAAGAAGAAUAUAUACAAAAUCUAAGGAUGAAUUGUUAUAAAGAACAGAAUAUGAAAGAAACAAAGUUGUAUAGAGCCCGAUGGUUACGCGACGAAGCCCUUUUACGGGAAGCCGAACGAAUGCCAAUGCCAAAUUGUGUCCGUCUGAAUGAGAUCUAUUCACAUUAA